UUCCUGCUUCAUCUCUCUCCAGAAGAGAAGAGGAAACACAAGAAGCUCCUGGUGCAGAACCUCAAUUCCUACUUCACGGAUGUGAAAUGCCCAAGAUGCUAUAACAUCACCACUGUCUUUAGACAUGUACAAAUGAUAGUUUUGUGUGCUGGUGGUUCUACUGUCCUCUGUCAGCCUCCAGGAGGAAAAGCAAGGCUUACAGAAAGAUGCUCCUUCAGAAGGAAACAACACUGA